AUGAUAAAUAGUACUCAGCUCGACGGUAUCGCUCUUGUAGUAGGGGCUGGCCGCGGUAUCGGCAGGGAAGCGGCCUUUUCCCUCGCGGAAGCGGGGGCGAGAGCUAUCGUAUUUGCGGAUAUGAACGACGAGACGGCGAAAGAGUCUUCCGAAGAGAGCAAGAAAUAUGCGACCAAUAAGGACUAUGAAUCUACGAUUUUCAAAAUGGAUGUUCGAGACGACAAGUCGGUCCAAGACAUGGUUGAUUUUGUUGUAAAGGAAUUCGGCCGACUCGACUAUGCUGUUAAUGCCGCUGGGACCGACAACGGUGUUCAUAAGCAAUUGGCCGAUACUGAUAUCGAAAAUUUCGACCGCAUCAUGAAUAUCAACGCUCGGGGCAACUUGCUUUGCGUGCGCGCCCAAGUGGCAGCCAUGCGCAAGCAGGAUCCUAAGACCUGGAAGAGUCGAAACGGCACGCGCGACAUCGGCCGCGGGGCUAUUGUCAAUCUGGCAUCGGCCAACUCGUUUGCCGGACUUCCAGGCAAGGGUUCCUACACUAUAUCGAAGCAUGCUUUCAUGGGAAUUACCAAAAUGGCGGGUCUUGACCAUGCUCCUGAAGGUAUUCGGGUAAACGCAGUGUGCCCAACCUGGGUGCGUACACCGUUGCUGGAUGAUGAGUUAAGGAAGAACCCCGAGGUUCAGGGAAUGAUCUCGGCUAUCGUACCAAUCAAGCGGGCGGCUGAGUGUGAGGAAGUUUCCGAUACGAUCGCAUUUCUGUGUAGCCCAGCAGCUAGUUACAUCAACGGCGCAAGUCUCCUUAUCGAUGCUGCUGUAACUACUACCGUGCGACUAUUCUGA